AUGGGAAAUCUGGCGGCUGUGGCUGGGCCAAGGCCCUCCGUAGAGUUCCGAGGUUACAGCAUCUGUAGGCUGGAGACUGGUUCGACGAGCAGUGCUCAGGCCAGCCAGGGAUCCCCUCGACAAGCAACGCCCAGUGGGCUCGCUAGCCAGAUCAAAAGCAAGGUCAAGGGGGGGAAGAGGCCGUACUCCCCCCCGACCCAGAUGCGCCAGCUUUCAUCGACCAAGUCACGGACCGCGGGACGGGGCCAAUCGUAUCACGGACGUGCUGAGACACUCUCAUAUUGGCAUUCCGUGGCCCGAACGACGGCGGCCGCCCCCCACAGGCGCGAAGUCGAGAUCCUGGGGCAGAGCGCUCCGUAUUAUGGCAAGGACCCAGGUGCCAGGUUCGAAGUGCAAGGCUCACGGACUCCAGGCCCAGGGGGGGUUCCCGGCACUGACAAGAGUGACAAGAGUGACAAGAGUGACAAGAGUGACAAGAGUGACAAGAGUGACAAGAGUGACAAGAGUGACAAGAGUGACAAGAGUGACAAGAGUGACAAGAGUGACAAGAGUGACAAGAGUGACAAGAGUGACAAGAGUGACAAGAGUGACAAGAGUUGGCAAGAGGGACCGCCCCAGCAAGUCAACGUGGCUAGCGAGGGCAGUGCGAGACUGGCAGCGGGGCGUUGA